AUGAACCAAACCUACAACAACAUCAACCACAACAACACCAACCACAACAACAUCAACCACAACAACAUCAACCACAACAACCACAACAACAUCAACCACAACAACAUCAACCACAACACCAUCAACCACAACAACACCAACUACGAUAACAACAACAACAACCAAAUGGUCAAGUCAGAGUCAGAAAUUGUAGAAAGUCCAACAGCAAGCAUCAGAGGGAUAUCUGUGCUGUUUGGCUCAUUUGGCAGAAGGAAAAAUUCUUCAAGGGCAAAGAAAAUGCCUCUAUCCAAGAUUUAUGAAAAAGUUUUCAACCUUUUCAUUAAAAAUCAGGACCCAGUAACAGGCCUAAUUCCACAGCCUAACAAUCAGGAGAUUGCUAGCGCGCAUGAUAAUGUCUACGCUGCUCUCACCCUUUGGUCCCUCGCCAUCUCGAUCUCAAAAAAUUCCAACCUCUCUUCCAAUCAUAAAAAAUUACCUGCCGAUCUUCUGAAGAUGUCAAAGAAAAUGAUGUUGUCUGUGCUGGCUGGUUUUGAAGCCCAGGUAAAGCAGAAAGAUGAAGCAUACAGCAAGCACUUUCCUGGGGUUGAUCCUUUUGUUCACCUUGAUCUUACAACUGGCCGACCAAUGGAAAAUUCUGGAUCAUCCCUUAUCAACCAAUUAGAGUGUGGACCGACCAAAAUUGAAACCGUAGCUUUUUUUCUAUUGGUCCUUGCUCAAAUGCAAGCAGCUGCAGAUACAGACGUAGAUAGCAUACAUGAUCAGAUCAAGUUUGAUGACACUUCAAUGAGAGUAUCAACCCUUUUCAUGAUUAAGGCUGUGCUUUACUCCUUUACCAUACUGAAUAGUAGCAAGCAGAAAUUUGGCCAGUACAGUGUGGAAGCAUUUCAUUACGAGGCUAUACAAGCUAAGCUAAUGUUGAAACAUUUAGUCGGUAAAGUUAUUUCAUUGAAGUGGUUCAAUCCUAAUGCAGCUGGUUUGACGUCGUUUCCAUUUUUUGCCGUGACCAAGCAAGACGUCAAAGAAGUUAUUGAGAAAUCGUUUUUUGAAAAACAGUACAAAGAUGAAGAUGCCUCAUCAAAAGUUUCAGCGGAUUUUAAUAAGGAUAAGUUUGAAGUUUAUACCUACCUAUGUCUCAGUCUUCUCUUCUCCGAUGAUCAGCCUGCAGCUUUCCUACACAAGACAUACUUGGACCACUUUAUGAAUAUGGCCGUUGAUAAUUUCUACAAAGUAUUUGAAGAGUCAACUGGUUCUGACAACAGCUUCUCCUAUGUAACAUGCCAGUCACUAAACAUCAUCAUCUCACUGAUCAGUAACAGAUAUCUAGAAGCCAAGCAUAUAGAUUCGCUCAACCUAUCCAAUUUGUUGGUAGAAUCUAAAGAGAAAUACCAAAAGAAUAAAGAGAUUCAAGGCUAUUGUGUUACUGACAAAGAGCAGAAGUACACAGAUGCUGCUGAAGAAGCACAAGAUAGUGUCGCAGCUUUAUUCAGAACAUGUGACAUGAAAGAAGAGUUGAAAUCACUGGCUACCACCUCUCAGACGGACGGUUCAAAUUAUCGGAGGAGAGAGUUACUUUACAAACGAAGUCCCUCCAACGUAAUCUAUACAGGCCAGCUUUACUCAAUAAGAAAUAUUCAUCUUAUAUUCAUUCCUAGGGUGGGCGAAAACCCGUCAAUUCCAUCGGACUUGAAUCGUCUCUUUAAAAAACUUCAAAGUGGGCUUGUGGGCGGAGUCAGAGUGAAACUAACUAAGAUGCCGAGGUCGCCUGAUUCCUUCCUGGUCAGUAACCUUGACCUUCUCGCCGGCAGCAAACGCGAGGGUUCGAAAGAAUUUCUAUCCGUGAUAUCCUCACUCUCCGAUUUCUCAUACGACAACGCUAAGAAUGUUUCAAAUUGGAGUUCAGGAAAUGUCAGCUCCGUACCUACGGCCGACGUGGCCAUCUCCUCCACUUCUCCUCCACCUCUGAACCUGACCUCUUCCACGCAAUCAUCUCCUACUGACGAUCAAUCACAGGCCGUUAAAAUGAAAUUCUUCAACAAUGAGGUCAAACAGGUCGAAAAUGAAACUAAAAAUUCACUAAAUUCUGGAAUUGAUCAGCUGUUAAAACAACGUCUUGUUACACUCGCAAACACUACAGCCACUGGCACCGAUGCUGAUGCCGCCAUUAAUGACGGGAAGACUGCUUCCAGUCCGGAUAAAAAGAUCUCGCCAGUUGACGGGGCAGGAAAUCCUGCUAACACUACAUUAACUUCUCAGAUAACUUCAGCUUUGACAAACGCAAUUUCGAGCCAGCGAACAAAUGAGCAAGUUCAAUCGGUCGCACAGCCGACUAACGUUGUGCCGGUCGUUCCAGAGGGGGGAAAGAAGUUCUCAGAAUCUGCCGUCACGACGGCUUCCAGUUUUUCACGGUACGCCGUCAGUAGCCACUCGACUGAAAGUUUCAACAACUUACUGAGGAGCAUGGAUUAUCAGGAUGAUCUGAAGCACAAGUGGCUCAGGAUUGACGUCAACUGGCUGCCAGAGCAGAUCAUCGAUUUCGUCAUCACCAACACUGACAUCAACGAAUCAACCUUCCCAACCGAAGAGGAGUGCGUUCAUUUGUUGAAACUCUUUGACUCGUCAAACAAUUACAUGGAGCGAGCUCAUAUACUCCACAAACUCUACUACUCCAGAGGAAUAAACUGGCAUCCCAAUCUGGAAGAUUCGGGACUAAACAUGACCGUGAGGGAUGCGCUAACGGAAAUGUACCGGAUGUCCGGGGUGUGGCAGAUUUGGUGGAUGGUGAGGUUUUGUGGUGGGGCCAUUGGAGUUCACCUGAAUAACUUGAGCGUGGCGGUUUCGGAUAUUCUCACCAGGAGGCACAAGCAACUGAUCGUUGGCUGUGCCUCUAACAAUAAAAUUGUCAUUGCAAAACCCUAUCGAGAUUUGGAUAUCAAAUCGAUCAUUAACAUCGUAUCUAGAAAUAAUCCAUUUAUGAUCUGCCUAAUACAAGAAAUUAUAGUGUACGUCUGGAUGAUAUACCAAUACAAUUCAGUAGUCGUCGAUCAGCUGGUCUGCAUUGACGUACAAGCACUGUACCAGGCCAUGAUAACUGAUUUGUGUAUUAGAUUCGACUGCAACGAGGUCAUGGCGUCGAUUUACAUGGGAUGUCUGAGUCCCUUUGAAUUGAAAUGCUACAUCGAGGCAACCCUCAAAGGAACUGAAAUUACCAAGGCCAUCGAUAUAUUUGAGCUUGGUCAAAAUUUAACCACGCAAAAAGAUUCGGGCUUUCUGGAGCACAUAGAUACGUACACUCAGAAGGGGGUGUGGAUGAGGAGGAGGUCUGUGGACGGCACGCUUAUGAGGCUCCCUGACGAAUUCAUUGAAAACGUGUGGGACCUCUUGAGAGUUUGCAAGGGACUUUCGUUUGAUGGCCACCUCAUCAAGCCGGAAACUACCGACAGGUAUGGCAAAUACAAUUUGAACUUCACGGCCGUCUUGUACGCGACACUGCACUUCAUAAAGCCUCCUGAGUAUCUGCAACUGCUGAUAGAGGCCACGUAUCUGCUGAGUUCCCUGGCUAAAAAUAAGAGGAUUAAGAUGAACGUUAAGAAGGUUAUAAAUGUUAACGAGAUAGUCGUCGUCGCCGUCAAUUUGUUCCUCAGACAGCAGAAUGCAGACAGGAUGAAGACAUGUUGCACCCCUUCGAAGAACAUCCGCAAGCCGUCGGUGCCCGUCGACUCUGCCUGCAAAACGAGGGGAGGGGUUUGCUACCACUUCUAUGACUCCAGUCCGACAGGAGAUUUUGGUACCAUGGCCUAUUUCACUGAUGCCAUAUUGGCAUUGCACACAGAAGUCGGAAGAAAUAUUUAG